GAUGGAUGUAUACGUCCAUUGAUGCAGAGGCCGGGGUCUAACCUCUUUUUUUUAAAGUUACUUUAUAAUUAACAAGUCUGCCCUUUUCGCACGAGUUCUUCAUUGGAUUUGUUUAACUGAACUGAAAAUUCCAGGUCAGCUAUUAUACCCUUUUAAAUCCUUUGAACAAACAGCCUUUGCCAUUUCUUCAUCACUAUAGAAAAAGAAGAGAUGCAGUGUAUGGCACAACCCCAGUUGCACGAACAGACCAGGCAGGAGUUCAGGUUCAGUGUAUGUUGCUCAGAUUCCCGGCAUCUUUUAGCUCCCGCCAUGUAAGAUUCCGGUCGAUCGGAAUUGGAAACCCGGCGACUAAUCCGUGGAACGCAUUUGUUUACGUGAUCACGGAAGGAGCAAGGCCGAGCUCUUCACAACCGAGGCUUGGAUCGAGUUGACCAAUGGCUCCGUCGCGAGGCUAGCUAUACUUGCAGCACGUCGCUGUCGCGCACUGCUGUGCUGCCCCGUCUGGCUUUCUCCUCCCACGGCGACGCGCCACCGUCCCAAAAGUCGCCUACUCAUGCUACAAGGCUACGAGCACAUAGCUGUUGCCGCCCGCCCUCAGCCGCGCGAGACAUCGAGCUCCACGCACGUACGGGGCGAUCGAGGAGGAUCGGCUGGCUAGCUCGGGCGGAGACGACCGGUCGAUGGAGGCUGCGGCGGCGGCGGCGGAGGAGGAGGAGAAGGUGUUCGUCGCGGUGCCGGCGGAGCCCAGGGCGGGGCAGUCGACGCUGGCGUGGGCUCUCCGCCAUCUCCACGGCGGCGCCGCCACCACCAUCGUCGUCAUGCACGUGCAUGUCCCGGCGCAGAUGAUCCCCAUCAUGGGGGUCAAGUUCCACGCCGAUAAGCUGAGCCCGGAGCCGGUGCGCGUGUUCAGAAGGGCGGAGCGUGAGAGGGCCGACGAGAUGCUGGACGACUACAUCCACCAGUGCUCGCAAAUCAAGGUGAAAUGCGAGAAGCUGGUGGUCGAGAAGGAAGACGCCGCGUCCGGUCUUGUCGAGCUCAUUCGGCUCCAUGGAAUCACCAAGCUAGUGAUCGCAGCCGCCGCGGACAGGCACUACUCGAGAAAGCUCGACAAGCCUGUGUCCAAGACAGCGACAGAAAUAAUGCAGAGAGCUGAUCCAUCAUGCAAGAUCUGGUUCGUCUGCAAGGAGCAGUUAGUCUGUACCAGGGACAAGGAAGUACAAAUUGCACCAUCAACUGUUGCUGCACCUUUGCUCCCUAAUCUUGGCCAUGAAGUUCUGGAUUUGCAAUCUCCCCAGGAAGAGGGUGACACCGAGAUGGAACCGAGUUUCGACGAUGAACUCGAAGAGGCACGCAAAGCAGUCGAGGAGCUGAUGAGAAGAGCUCUGAAGGAAUCCUGCAGGCGCCAAAAGGCAGAAGAAGAAACAGCCGCAUCUCUCCACAAAGCGCAAGAACACGAGGAGCUGUACCUUGAGGAGGUGAAGAAGAGGGAGGAGCUCGAAGCAGCUCUGGCGAGAGCAGACGGAGAAAUCGCGCGGCUACGACAGGCAAUCCAGCAAAAACACGACCGGGGAGGCAGUCACGGCGAGAUCGAUGCUUGAACAGCACAUCGUCGUCACGGGCGACGAUGCGACGAAAUCCAACUUUGGCGCCGCGGCCGCAGCCGGGCGAUUUUAGAGCAGCGGCGGGGUAACCCGGCGGAGCCUUUUCCGUGGUGAAGGGUGAUGCAAUGCCGCAAUGGUGGAAGAGAGCUGGAGGCACCGCCCAGCAAGAGGGCUGGGAAGGUGCCCGAUGAGACGGGGUUCGCCUAGAGUGCCGGUGCGGUCAGCCGCUGGCUCGCGCGCUCUGGGUUUUGCGCCGUGGCAGUGCUCUGUUUCCUUGUGAUUCGAAUGCAGCAGAGGCGGUAUCGUGCGUGACGUACCAAAUUUGUCGUCACUGUACUAAUUUCGGUACCUGCUAGCAAGUACUUCCUCCUUAAAAAAAUAUAAGAGCGUUCGUGAUCUCUUAUAUUUAGGAAAACGUUUCAGGUCGGAGCGCCGGCCGAGCGCUCCACCGGAUGCGUGUGGGACGUGGGAUUGAAUUUGAUCCAACGACCAUGAGGUAUCUGUUAUAGGUCCACGGGGCAGCCCCACUCUCCCUUAUCUUCUUUUGCUCUGCCUUAUCUUCUCCCACGAUGAAUUUCUUUCAAAUCCUUUCUCUCAUCCACCUCAAAAUCCAUCUCUCUCUUGCUCCCUCACAAAAUUCGACGAGCUCCGGCCGGCCGUUCUCCUCUUUCCUCUUGGAUCCCCAUCCCCCUCCGGCGACGAGCUCCACACACGCCGCAGCCGCUGCAUCCCCAUCGGCUUUCUCCCCUGGCAGUACAUACGGCUGCAGCUCGCACUGCUGCAAGGGGGCGGGGCCAAGAAGGAGCGGAGUCGCUGUUGUGAGGUUGCUGCUGCUAGCCAUCAACGCCAUGGCCGCCGCCUCCCCCUCAUAUGGUCGUGGUCGUGGCGCUGGAGCAGGCGGUGGAAACGAUGGCCUCCGGUGCUACAACCGGUGAGUCUUUUUGCUGGAACCGGCCGACAAAAAAGCUUCAACCACACUGACCAGUGCUGGAACCAGGCAAUCGUCGAGUAGUUUUUGCUGCCACCUCCUUUCUUUGCUACAAAUGGCAUGAUUUUUUGCUGGAUCCGUCGAGAAAUUUUGUUGCGACCAUCGGCGGCGAUGCAUGUUUUUGCUACAACCAGCACGACGAUGCGCUGGUGUUUUUUGCUUCGAGAUUGUUUUGCUGGAACCAGUGUUUUCUUUUGCUGGAACUGGCUAAUGUGUUUGAUACAAUCGAUCAUCGGAGUUUUUUGCUGCUGGGAUUUUUGCUGGAACCACUAUUAAGUUUUGCUGGAAGUGGCAAAUAUUUUUGUUUCAACGGAGUACCGAAGUUUUUUGUUACUUCAGAUUUUUUUUGCUGGAGAUGACGGUGCAAGUCGACGACGGUAGCGAGCCGGAGACGAGGACGUCGGGAUGCUGCAACCAUGGUGAUGGCGCUCUGGACCCUUCUUGUGUUCGAGCUGCAACCAUGGUGAGUGGAGGCAGCCAAGGCGAGCACAGUGGCAUGGUUCGCCGGCGAGCGCGGAUGGCCGGCGUGGUGGCACGAGUCACCGGCAAGCUCGGGUAGCCGAGGACAAGCGAGGCGGCCGGCGAGCUUGCACGGAGUGGGGCAUGCGCGCACGCUCACUUUUUCCUGAUCUGCUUUUUCCUACGUGUGUUGACUUUAUGGGGACGAAGUUAAUUUUAAUCUGACGGUUGAAAAAUACUCUAUCGGACGUACACGCAGCGACCGGCCCAAAAGUUGGCCGGUCCGCCGGCGCCUAUCAGCGCCUUUAUAUUUGUUCACAGAGGGAGUACAGCAUAUACUCACCAGAAACGCUAAAAGCUGAGAGGGCAGAGAUAGGUGCAGUUUUACUGUUUAGCGUUGGAGGACAGGAAUUAGGUGCAUUUUCAUCAAUGUCCUAAAAUGUUGUUGUUUCUAUGGAAACCAA